AUGCUCAUCAAGAACUCGAAGGUUUAUUCCCAACUCUUCAAUGACCCGCCAUCAAUCAGGGUGGUUAGGUUGAGAGCAGGAAACGUUGGCGACAAGAUCCAGUGCGAUCUUAUGAGUGGUCCCUUGACAAGCAUGGACUUUGAGGCUUUGAGCUAUGUUUGGGGUGUUACCUUGGUUCCAUAUUCCAUCCAGGUCGAUGGAAGGCCAUUCUACAUUACAUACAACCUAUAUAGCGCUCUCACGGAAUUGCGCCAUCCGAAGUACGAGCGACUCAUAUGGAUCGAUGCCGUGUGCAUCAAUCAAAAUGACAACUCAGAGAAGGGGUUUCAGGUACGGAUGAUGCGAGAAAUAUACGCAAAAGCCUCUAGGGUUAUUGUCUGGCUAGGCAAGGACACCAAAGCGACCUCU